AUGGUCGAGCUGUACACCCAAACGGUGCCCGACACCUCUGGCGGCGCCAAGGUGAACGCCGGCGACAUCGUCAUCAUCGUGGCGGUGCUGUUCUUCACAAUGGUCGUGGCCGUCGUCGCCUCCAUCCAAGCUGGCGAGAGCCACUUGGCCAAGUACUUCCCCUGCAUCAAGCAGACCAAACGCACCGAGGGUCAAGCGCUGGAGUCACCUGCCGGAGACGCCUACCUGGUAGCAGAGACCCCGACGAAGAAGCUCCCGGCCGGUGACGAGCGCGGGCCGCGCUCGUCACCGGCCGCGCUGCGCGGCUCAACGAUCUCGCAACAACGUCCCUCGGCCUCGCUGAUUGCUCGGGAUGGACCGGAGCACCAAGUCAACGAGGUGUCCAACUUCUUCCUGGCGGACCGCGGCAUGCAAUGGUACUUCGUGGGCGGCGCCCUGUUUGCCAGCAACAUCGGCGCCGAGCACUUCAUCGGCAUGGCUGGCGACGGCGCUCGUCGCGGCAUUGCCGUGGCCAUGUACGAGUGGUAUGCUGCCAUCUUGAUCCUGUGCCUCGGCUGGAUCUUCUCCCCCAUUUACCGCCGCUGCGGCGUGUACACGACUCCGGAGUACCUCGAGUACCGCUUUGGUGCUCCGUGCCGUCACUACCUGUCGCUCAUCACGGUCAUCAUGUACGUCUUGACCAAGAUGAGUGCCAGUAUCUACGGCGGUGCCAUCGUCUUCCAGGCCACGUUGGGCUGGAACCUGUACCUCGGAGCCGGCGUCUGCAUCUGCCUCAGCGCCAUGUACAGCAUCGCCGGUGGUCUGCGCGCCGUCAUGUACACGGAUCUGUUCCAGAUGUGCGUCUUCACGCUGGGCGGCCUCGUGGUGUUCGCGUACUCGGUGAACCAGAUCGGCGGGUUUGAGGGCAUUCGGGAGAACCUGGACAACCAGGACCGUUCGGGCUGGUUCCACCUCUGGAAGCCGACGGACGACCCCGACUACCCGUGGACUGGAAUGAUCUUCGGCCAGCCUCUGGGCUCGAUCUGGUACUGGUGCAUGGAUCAGGACCUCGUGCAGCGGGUGCUGUCUGCCAAGGACACGGCCAACGCCAAGGCUGGCUGCUCGUUCGCCAGUAUGCUCAAGGUGCUCCCUCCGUUCCUGAUCGUCAUCCCCGGCAUUAUUGCCAGCAUCUACUUCGACUUCAGCAAGAUUGAGGACGGCACCGAUGCGGCGUACCCGACGCUACUGACGGAGAUGAUGCCGCACGGAAUCAUCGGCCUCAUGAUCUCCAGUAUCAUCACAGCUAUGAUGUCGAGUCUGGCCUCCGUGUUCGCUGCCGGCUCGUCGGUCAUCACCAACGACAUCUACCUCAAGUUCCGCCCCGAUGCGUCGCACAAGCAGCUCGUGUGGGUCGGUCGUAUGAGCAUCCUCGUCUUCGCCGUGCUGAGCUUCUGCUGGAUCCCCAUCAUGCGCAACGGAACGGGUCUCUACGAGCAGAUUGUCGAGAUCCAGAGCUAUCUGACGCCUCCUAUUGGUAUCGUGCUCGUGCUUGGUGUCGCCUGGAAGCCGACGAAUGUGUACGGCGCGUUCUCGGCUAUGAUUGUGGGUGGGCUGCUUGGCUUCUCGCGCCUCAUCUUCGUGACGAUCAAGGACGACAGCAUGGACGGAGACCUGCCUGGCAUCUGGAACACCUUCUUCUACAUGAACUUCCAGCACUUCGCCCUGUUGCUGUGGGUCACCGCCAUGGUGGUGUGUGUCGUGGUGAGUCUUCUGACGCAGAACAAAUGCCCUCCGAAGGAGGACGUGCGCAAGUACAUGAUCCACUGGGACAAGGUCCUCAAGCUCGAUGCCACGGAGCUUGUCAAGCCCAUGUGGGUCAACGUCCUCGUUGCCGGCAGUGGCAUUGCCGCUCUUGCUGUCACGUUCAGCAUGUGGAUUUACUUCGCGUAA